UUGCUAAAUGUGUGAAAACGGAGUGCUAAGCAGAAGUCGGCGAAGAGUAACACAAAGCAAAGCCAACCAUUCGUUCAUUCUGUGGCUGGAACCGUUCAUCGUGGUUGGCAAUUUGCAUUUCGAUUGAGUCGUACUUCGGGCUUUAAUUUUUUUCUAUUUACAACUAGACAAGAUACAAAUAAUGUAAUAGAAACAUAAGCGCUUUACGAUAAUUAGCACAACAAAUAAAUUAAGAAAUACAUGGCUUCUGGUUUUCAGUAGGAGCCGUACAAGACGUGCAAGAAAAUACCCCUUUCUCUAAGUGCAUUUACCUAGAUUGCAGCAGUAUGAUGCACAGAGCGAUAUGCAAGAGAUGCAAGGCCAACAACAAGCACUGACAUUGUAAAUACUGUAACGAUAUGCAAAUAAUUUGUUACAGAAAUAAAUUAAAAUUUUGGUCACCAAUUCAAAAGAGAAAAAAAUAAAAUAAUAUCGCAAAAAAAUCUACGAAAAUAGUAAAAUGAGUGUAUUUAAUGAUUUCCAACGAUUGUGGAUGCAACGUUUUCCACAGAGUUCACUAUCAGAUGCGUGGGAACAAGAUGUGAGAGCCAGCUUAGAACGACACAAGUUAAAAAUUGUUGAGUUGACAAAAGAAUUGGAGCAAGAGCAACUUUAUGUCGAAUAUUUGGAGCGCUUACUGUCAGACGUUGAAAAGUUUCGUGAAUCUGGAGGAGAUCCAACUUCUUUGUUCGAAGCUGCUACCACAUCUAAUACAACACUGCAAGCCGAUACUGAUGCAAGUCAGCUUAGUGGAGAGGAUGCAUGCGCAAUUAAUAUAUCGAAAUCUAGUUUAAAUUUACGUGAAGCCAGCAAUGAUAUCAAAGACAAAAACAACAGAUAUUCACUCAAUACUGACAACAAAUAUGUUGAGGGUGUUGGCGGCAGUAGUAUCAAUACUAGUAGCAUUUCCAAAAUCAGCUCGGGAUCUGCUGAAACCGGUACCGGCAACACUAAAAAUACCAGUGGAAAACAAAGUUUUGAACAAGAAGACAAAGAUAUGGGCACUGAAAAGGAUACUCGUCAGCAAAACGAGAAUGGUGCCCUACAUAAAUGUAUAAAUGAGUUGGCUGCUUCGUUUGGAACAAAUUCUACAAUUAGCGAUAGUGACGCAGUUCGUCACUUACCAUUGGAAGAUAUUGAGGAAUCUGAAAUAACAUCCUCCGUAGAAACUGGACAGAAACCAUUAAAAACAAAUGCACAGAAGGCAUCACACUUUGUUACUGUAAUCGAGGUGAAAGAGAGCAAAACGAAUAUGGAUGCCGACUUGGAUAGUGGACUGGAGGGAAGUGAGUCAGUGCAGAGCACAACGACUCCAACUUUGAGUAGUUUCGAACGUAAAAAUUCAACAAAAGUUGAACCGACUGCGCCACCAUUAUCCCCUGCAUUAACAUCGCCUUCAAUGUCAGCUUCAUCGUAUGCAGCACAUGCCGACAAUAAGAAGAAAAUGCCUCCAAGACCGCCUCCCAAGAAUAUCCGACGCGUCGAGCCACCCACUAUACCUGGCCAACUUUCGUCAUCUCCAAAACGCGAUACACCUUACAUUGGUAGCAGUAUGCCCUUACCUAGCGCAUCUGGAAAUUUGUCAUCAUCUGAUAGUCCUGGGAAUUCACUUGAACGCAAUUUAAAACCAUCAGCCAUUUUGCGGCAAAAAUCACCAGAAUCUAUGGAAGGUAAGGCGCUUACAUCCAACAGGAAAACGACAUCGGAUUUGGGGAAGUUUAAUCCGCCUGAUUUAAUGGAAGAACUGGGACGUAAAGUUGGUAAAUCGGAAAGUCUUGAAAAAACCAAGCGAACGGAUAUGGCAAUAACACAAAGCCCUACUGGCAGUUUGGGACGAACAGUUUCUAUACAAAACAGAAACGUUACAGGUGGUCGUACCAGUGGCACUGCGAUGGGUGUAUCACCCACCGGAAGCUUGAGUAAACCUUCAAAGCUAGCUGUAGCAGAUAGUUCUUCAACAAAUAGCUUGGAAAAGAAAUCACAUUAUUCACUUCAGGCGGCUGACGCAGAAAAUAGCCAAACUCAAGUUGUGGGCUCGAAAGAAUCCCUAGCAUCACAAGGCAUAUCUGAAAUUAUUAAAAGCUACGAAUCAGUUUCAUCUUUGGGCUCUGAUUGUGCAAAGGUUGUAGUGGACAAUGAACCGUAUUAUGACACAGUGCCGCUGGAUAACGGCGAAGGUGAAUAUGUUUAUAUCAAACCUGGCGGUAACGGUUCAUCGUCUAGUCGCGAUGACCUCUCCACACCAGGCAGUACGCUUCCAAUCGGUUCUGCCACACACCUAAGCAGUCAAGCGAGUGUGACAGACCCUGAAUCACCUGGACGCAGCUCAAAUUAUGUGAACAUUGAUUAUUUUCUGCAUCAAAGCAAUGAAACACGUUCAAGCUCUUUGGACAGCGAUGGAGAGUACGAGGGGCCACCAAUAAUGCGAACUAUAUCUCACGACGAGCAAAAUUCACAAACCCCUAGUGCUUUACGCAAGAAUUUAGUUUCAGCAAUACUAGUCUCAGGCAACGCACGAGGCGCUAAAAUACGCUCUAUAUUGAGCAGUAUUAUACAAAGUGAAACAAUAUACGUGGAAUGCCUCAACAAAAUGAUACAGUAUAAGAGAGCAAUUCAUGCCACACUGGGUACAUCACAGCCUGUGAUCAAGGAGGAAGAAGAGAAUACGAUAUUUUUUAAAAUCGACGAACUUUAUGAUGUGCACACACAAUUUCUAAACGAUUUGAAAACGAUAGCGGCGCACGAAGGAGGAGACGUUCUUAUUGGUGAACCCUUCAAACGUCUAGCAGACAGUUUUAACUUGUAUAGCGCUUUCUUGCACAACUACGGCCAGGCAAUUGAUACAGUAAAGAAGUGCAGCGCUAAUAAUCCACAAUUCAAACAAAUUGUCUCAACGAUUGUCGUAAAUUUACAUACCGAACAGUCGCUUACCCUGGAGGAUUUGUUGCAUAAACCUGUGGCGCGUGUACAAAUCAAUGCAUUAGUUUUCAAUGACUUGUUGCGCGAAACACCACCCAAUCAUCCGGACCAUCAGCCAUUGCGACAGGCACAGAAGACCAUACACUUGUUCCUGAAACAAUUCAAUGUGGUGAACCAGCGUUUGUCUACCGAAUCGAAUAAAAAUCUGAGACGCAUGGUGAAGAAUUCUUUCAUUGUUGAAUUGGUGGAUGGGCAUCGUAAGUUGCGGCAUCUCUUCUUGUUCAAUGAUGUGAUCGCCUGUGCCAAGUACAAGGCAUCCGGACGUGACCGAAUUGACUAUGAGCUGAAAUGGUUUAUACCGCUGAAAGAUGUUGUGGUGUUCGAAGAGGCAGACGCCAGUGCUGACCUCAAAGAAUCUAGUCCUGCAAAUAUAUUGCAAUUGAAAACGCAAGCGUGCACAGUACGUGAUCAAUUAUUGCUCGAAGAGAAGGACGAUAAAGGACGAAAGUCCAAUGGCUUGCGUUCGGGUGAUAAAUAUCGCCGCAAAUUGGCUGACUUAGAGUCGCAGCUGGUAUUGGCAUCGCCGAAUUUAGUCUUCCGCAUUGCCAAUAAAGCAACCAAUAAAACAAUAACAUUUUUCUUGAGUUCUGAUUUCGAGCGCACGCAGUGGAUUGAAUCUAUACUGUCGCUGAAGCAAACCUGCAACAUACCUGGAGCGAACACGAUAAACGCUUUAGAGGUGCACGCUUUUAUCGUUGCCAUGCAGAAAGGUAUGAAGACUGAAAUGGGUUCAUAUCUGAUGCGAAACACCAAUGACGAGAGUCUACUAGUGGGCGAUCUGCAUAUGACAGUGCACGGUCUGACGGGUCUUGACCAGCCUGCCGAUUUGUACAUUUGCAUAGAAGUGGAUUCGUAUGGCCACUAUUUCCGAAAAGCCACCACGAAAAUGGUGUGUCGUAGCUUGAGCCCACUUUGGAAUGAAAGUUUUGUAUUAGAGCUUGAGGGCAGCCAGAAUGUGCGAAUUUUGUUGUAUGAAGCACAUGAACGUCCUAAGUUACGAGCCAAACACGUCUUAAAACUUAGUCGUAGUUGGUUGCAAGAGACGCCAUUGCCGCGUAUACUAAAACUUGGCGAGACCAUAACGCUGAAUACCACACUGCGAUUUGUACCCGGCGAAGUAACUUUACGACGUGUGCCAACUUCAAAGCCGGGUGCGCUCUUUGGUGCCAAAAUGAGUCAAAUUUUAAAGCGUGAGAAGCGAGACAUUCCAUUCAUUAUCAGUGCCUGCAUCCGUGAAGUAGAACGACGCGGCAUGUCUGAAGUGGGGAUUUAUCGCGUGAGUGGCUCCGCUUCCGAUUUGGCCAAAUUGAAGAAGUCUUUCGAAACUAAUGCCUACGAGGCUGAACAGCUGCUGAAAGAUGUGGAUAUACACUCAGUUACGGGUAUUUUGAAGUCAUAUCUGCGAGAGUUACCCGAGGCAUUAUUUACCGAUGCUCUCUAUCCGAAAUUUUUUGAAACGUUCAGCGCUUUCAGUAAUAACAACGAGACGGCGCGUAUAAAUGAACUCAUAAAAGUAUUUGAAGAAUUGCCACAGGCGAAUAAAGCAUCUAUAAAUCAUAUAUUGGAUCACUUAAUUCGGGUACAUCAUCAGGAGGCUGACAACAAAAUGUCGCUGCACAAUUUAGCUAUGGUCUUCGGUCCGACGUUACUGCGGCCCGGUCAAACGCAAGCUAAACAGAAAGACUUGCUAGCCUCCAGUACCGUAGAUGUCAUGGCCCAAGCAGGCAUACUCUAUUGCUUCCUGCAGGCGCGUAUUAAAAAGGAUUAAAAUAUUAACUCAUAGGCAAAGUGAAAGUGACUAAUCAGAAAUAUUGUAAAAUGCAUAUAUUUUUGUAGCAAGCAAAGGGCCUUUGUAUGCAUACGCAUAACCUGCGUGAGAGAAAUUAUUCUUAUAACUACGUAGCUUCCAUUGUAUUUAUACAGGCAUAUGCAAAACGGUGCAAACGUCGACAAUUCGCUAUUGCGCAAAUGGUGAAAGAAGCGGAAGAGUUUACGAAAUAUUGCAAAAAAAAAAAAAACAAAAUGAAUCAAAGAAAUUAAGAACAUUGCAAUUGUAUGGCGCAUAAAAGUUUCCCUAGGGUGUAUGCAGCAAGAGAGAAUUUUUGGCAGAUGUGUGCCGAAAAAUAUAAUUUUUAUAGUCGAUACA